AGUCUCCGGGUGUCGAGCCAAGGAGCCAGUCAGUCCUCACCCAGCCUCUCAGCCACUCUGCCACCUAGUCAUCCACCUCACCCUCUUUAUCCUCAAGUAAAACCGUCUCUUCAUCCACCUAAUCCACCAUGGAGGACCAGGACAGAAGCAUGUAUAGGAAAAAACAAUCCUUCGGGGAGUUCGUGUGGAAUUCGGAGACCAGCGCGUUCUUGGGCCGUACGGGGACUUCCUGGAUUAAAAUCGGUGUGUUCUACGUCAUCUUCUACCUAUGUCUGGCUGGGUUCUUUGCGCUGAUGAUGACGGUGUUCUACCAGACCCUGGACACCAACCAUCUCCCCAAGUACACCCCUGGCGGCGGCGGAUCCCUGCUCAGGAACCCAGCCAUGGGUUUCAGGCCCCUUCCAAGAGAGGAGAACGUGGAAUCGACUCUCAUUUGGUACAAGAAUGGAGACAACGAUGACAUUAAGCAUUGGGUGGAACAACUCAACCGCUUUAUUGAACCUUACGAGGGCACCAGCGAACAGAUCUCCGGCCAGCACGUGACUGAGUGUUCCGAGAGCAAGCUGCCCGGCCCCGAGGAGGUGUGCCGUUUCCAGGAUAAGUGGCUCACCGACAAGUGCCAGAAGGCUGAGAAGUGGGGAUACAACCGUGAAUCCCCAUGCAUCAUCCUCAAGCUGAACAAGAUGAUCAAGUGGGUGCCCGAGACAUACGAGAGCAUGGAGGAGCUGCCCGACAACAUGCCCGAGAGCCUCAAGGACCACAUCGAGCAGCGCAUGAACGAGAACAGCGGCAAGAUCCCCAGGAUGAUUUGGGUGUCGUGCGAGGGUGAGAACCCAGCCGACCAGGAGUACAUCGGGCCCGUCCGCUACUCCCCAUGGCAAGGGUUCCCCGCCUACUACUUCCCCUACAUGCACACCCCCGGCUACCUCCCCCCCAUCGUGGCUGUGCAGUUCGACCAGCCCAUGUCCAACGUUCUCAUCAACAUUGAGUGCCGUGCCUGGGCCAAGAACAUCGUGCAUGACCGCCAGAACCGUCUCGGCCUCGUGCACUUCGAGCUGCUGAAGGACUAAGAGGUGUGGCAGGGGCUGGUCGCUACGAGGCUGACCCACCACCACCACUAACACCAACACCAUCAACAUCAACACCAUCCUUCAGGGCAACAAAAAAGAGCGAAAUCCCUGCAAAAGAGUGUUCGAUUUCAAUGUUUUUUUAUUUUUUUACCGCGAUUCCCUCAAGACAGGUUUUGGUUGUGUUCUGAGAGAGGUUUUGAAAUGCCGUUCUUUUUUUGUUAAUUUUUUAUUCUGUUUCUAAAAGUGCGACGGACACCAGAGACAGGCUUUUCAAACGAACGUAAGAGAGAGACAGAUACGUUCCAUCAUCAUUAUUAUAAUUACUUUUACGCCUGUCUAAUUACCUGUCCUAUCAACCUACCUGUCUGCUAACGAACGCAAGCCACCUCGUUGUUGUGAAUAUAUAUAUAAACCUUUGCCAACUGUUUUGAUGUCGGUAUUUAUAUUAUCUACUAUUUUUUUCAUUUAUUUAUUCCCCUCGGCGCGCACUAAACGACGACAAAAAACCGACCCGUCAAUGUGAAUAGUCUCGCACACACACACACACUCACACGCAAAGACAUUUUAUUUUUAUUAUUAUUGAAUUUCCCGAGAGACACCACCAUCGCUUUGGGUUAGUUUGCGGUUACGAGGGAGGGGGGGACAGCCCGUACCCCCUCCCACCACCUCCACCCCCUACGCACCCACCCACACCCACCCCACACCAGAUAAGCGUGUACGAGUGGGCGGUGGGUUGUGGUAGGGGUGGCGGUGGUGCCCUUUCUGGCCGGGCGAUGGCGGGCAAACACUUAUGGCCACGGAAGGGAUGGAGUUCAAAGAGGAAAAUUUAUCGUCGGGCGGUCAAAUGAGUGUUCGUCUGUUUGUGUGUUCGUACGUGUGGCCCCAGAGUCGCCGGCGCGUUCUACUACCACGUAAGGAAUUGUUAUGAUUAUUGUGUAAUUUUCUCGUGUGUGUUCCGUGUAAAUUCUGUCGCGAGUGCGUAUCCGUAAACGUGAAUAGUCGCAUUAUACUUGUACCGCUACCUUGAGCUUCGCACGCUGACGCACCAACCAACCAACCUGUGACGAGUUAGACAGAUAGAUAGAGUGUGUGUGAGAGAGAGCGUUAACUAAGAAAACAAAGACAGAAGAUAGAGAGAGAGAGAGAGCUAGUGUGUCAUCUCCUACGAAAAUAAAGAUAGAGAAUGUAAGAGAGCGAGAGUUAACAAAGAGAAUAGAGAGAUAGACAGAGAGAGAGAGAGAGAGAAGGUGAAUUUGCUUCUACAAAAAUAUGAGACAAAAAAAACCAUGACCUAACAAAACAUGGAGAUAGACAAGAACGGAAAGACCAAAAGAUCGUCAACUUAAAAACAAAACAAAAAAAGACAGAAAUCAACAAAGACAGUUAGUUAGAGCGUUACAAAGCAGAACAAAUAAAGGAGAGGAGAAAUCUAACCCUAGCAAAUCCGUAUCAGCAGACAGAAGAAGAAGAGGAAGAAAAAGAAGAAGAAAAAAAUCACUGGUAGUCCCGUAGCAAUUCCUUGUUUAGCGUCUAAUGUAAAUAGUACCCCAAAAUAUUACACAGAGAAUAAUAAACAAAGUAUAUUUCAUGCAAACUAAGGAGACCCGGUUUUCCGACUCCCACACAAGCUGACCGAGGGAGCCGACAGUCCGAGAAUGAUCGAGAUUGAGAGACGAAGGAAGGAGGGAACGGAAGGAGGUAGGACGGAGGGAACGGAAGGUACGGUGAGGCUCUUCCGAUCAGCUGUGUGGGGUUGACGGGAGACGGUUCCGAACAGACGUUAUAAAUUGAUUCUAAAAAAAAAUGUCUCGGAGAAUGUUUUUCGACCAAGCGUUUUCCGCAAGCAAAUUGUUCUGGUUUUGAGCAAUAAAGAUCUUGACCACUUUA